AUGCAGUUGAUAGAGUACGCUCUCGCGUGCCAACCGCUGACAUUCGAUGCGCCUCUCGUGUCCCAGCACCUGAAGACCAUAGAGCUUGAAAGGGUCAACCUUGAAUGCUCCGCUCUGAAUUUCUCUGGCUGCCCGGUAUUAGAGGGUCUGAAGAUGAUACAUUGUUGGACUUAUGCACGCAGCCUACCUUCUGAAUCACUGAAGUAUCUGUGCAUCACCGGUUCUUGUUCUAUGCUUGAUGAUUCCCACAUGAGGAUUUACACCCCGGCUCUUAUCUCACUACAACUUGAUGAUUUUCAUGGCUCGGCCCCUUACCUUGAAAACAUGCCAUAUCUAGUAGCAGCCCAGCAAUGCUACACAUACAUAAAUUUACAUAGGUUUUACAAAAAGAUGGAUUUUGAUUCAGCAUACGUUCGCGUUGGCAAGGGAUGCUGCAAUUCCACGUUCUGUAACAUAAACAUGGAGGAGGACUGUGAUGUUCCUUGCUGUGAUUGUCAUGCGUAUCCUGUUGAUGAGGGUGUGCUUCUCAAUGGCUUGACUCAUGCUGUCAAUUUGGGGUUGAUUGCUGAACCUGAAAAGAUUAUCUACAGCUGGGAUUUGGAACGACGCCCUAUAUUUGGCAACUUAAAGACUCUGCUUCUCAAUGAGUGGUUCACGACUAUAUGUAAUACUGAGAAACUCAUUGGAACAACAGGAGCACAAGAAACAGUAAAAGAAUCAUUUGUGUGCGCUCACCUUAAGGUUGUGAACAUUGAAUGUGGAAAAGUCGACGAGGGAAUUCAUAAAAUUUUGAAGAUCUUGAGUACGUGUGGUGUACCUCACCAGCAAAUUAGCAUCAAGGAUCCAUGUUCUCGCUCAGACCGAAAGUUCCUUUGCCGUUCUUCAGUCUCAGUAUGUUUUUGCAAUGUCAUCACUGCUUUGUUUGUCAUGUUCUGCUGUAAUUACAUGUCAACUUUAGUCUAUGAAAACAUUGCAAAACCAUUAUAUCCAAUAUCAAUUAUGGUUUCGUAAAAAAAAA